AUGGCUUCCUAUCGUGAUGAAUCCGUCGAAAGAGAUGGGUUCGCCUCUCAGUAUGGGAGGUUCACGGCACAUCAUAUUGAACGAAUUGAUGGCUCUGUACUGCAACGCAUGUUCGUCCCCAAGGUGACGCGCGAAGGACAACGGGAAUUAUAUCACCACGGCUCGAGCUUUAUUCGCUCGCAAUUGAAGCAUUACGGCGUUAAAUUUGACGAGGCGGAAUUCUCCGGCAAUGGGACAGUUUUGAUGAGGAAAACCCUACUCGCAGGGCGUUGUGACAAGGUACCAGAUCACAUCACAGCUCUGCAGCGGCAGAUGCACACGGAAUGGCUAGAAACGCAAACCCCUCGGCAACUCGCAACUAAACCUUCAUGGGUUAUGGAGAAAUACUUCUUGCGAUCUGGCCAACCGGAUAGCACCAAAACGGCUACAGUAGUUGGCAUACCAUUCGAGCCAAGUAGCAAGUACAGGUCCGAUUUGGUCGAGGCUGCUAGCAAAGUACCUGGUUUGCAAUGCGCAACGGGAUAUGGACCCAAGACGCAAGUCGUCUUCAUGGGAUGGACGUCUGCAGCUGUGAAGAAAGCAGCAAAUGAGCACCCCGCCAAAGAGAAGAAAGAAGUGCAAGCGCUGAAGCAAGAGCAUGAGGACGGGCGGACGGCAAAGCACAAUGCUUAUCUCGAGGCUCUGAAGGAGAAAAGAGGACCCAAGAAGUAUUCCCCAGUUGGCAGUUACAUGAUCGACUGCGAAGAAAUCACGGACAAUUGGCCAGACGACGCAAAAAACAUGACCUUGAAUAUUCGCACUACCGAGGAACGGGGAGUCUAUGAGGCAAAGUUUGACUUUGGUAUGUUUAUAGGUGCCAUGGUCAUUUGUGACAACAAGGCCACCUUGGUGCAGUACUGCGCCGAGCUGGAUCGAGAGGCCGAAUCUCGGUUGAGUGAUGGCUCCAUGGGCUUUGGGGAUGAUGACGAUGCGGAUGCGGAUAUCGGAAACAAAUCUGCUUCAAGCUCAAAAGGAAAGGCCCCCGAAGCGCCCCGUGGUCGAGGGCGCCCGCCGAAACAAGCAAAAUCGGCGGAGAAUCAAAAAGCCCAGCCGAGGACAUUCUACCUGCGUCUGAAAGGCCAAGAAACUGGCGAAGGUCAAAUCUAUCCGGAUGCUGAAAAGGGGGCCAUCAAGUUCAAGGAUGAGAGAAUGGCUAGUUUCCUGGGCAAGGCAUCUCUCCCUUUCGAAGGAGAGAGCAUACCGUUCACAGGUCGCAAAAUUUCAGAUCAACCAUUCCCCAAGGCAAGGGGGGGUGAAUGGGAGGACUACUCGGAUAGAGCAGAAGGCUAUGCACGACGUCGGCGAUGGGGAUAA